AUGGAUUUGGCGGGGUUCGGGUUGGAGCGCGUGGCGAGCCUGGAGGACGGCAGCGACGCCGACGACUGGGAGGAGCCUGCCCGCCACGCCGCCAACGGCGCCGCGGAGGCGACCGGCAACGACUCUGCUGAAGCCGCGUCUCCGGCCGGCACGGACCGCCGCGACUCCCCCAGUCGCGACGACUCGCAGUCGCAAUCGCCGUCGCGGUCGUCGUCGUCGCAGUCGUCUAGAUCGUCAACGUCGUCGCGGUCAUCGCACAGCGACGGGGAGAGUGAAGAUCGAGGCGCUGGGGACGAGAGGAGGGAAGGCAAUGGGGAGAGAGAGGAGGAGAAGGAAGGCGGGUAUGACGGGGAAGGGCUGGGAGGGGAUGUGAAGGGCAGCGGUGGCGAGGAGUCGACGGGACGAGACCCGCGGGGCGAUGCGCGCGAGGGCGGCGAGCAGGGGGGGAUGGCGGAUGGGGGCACGGGGCUGGGCGUGACCCUGGACUUUGACGAGGACGACGGGAGUGACUAUAACGAGUCGAGUGAUGGCGAGGGAGGUGGGACGGGGAGUGACAGAAGCGGAGAGGAGUGGCUUGUAAACGAGGGGGGGGAGCAGGAGCAUGCGAGUGGCGUGAAGCGGAAGGAGCGAGGCGCGGGCGAGGCAGCAGAGGGGGAUGAGCGGCCGGCGAAGCGGAUGGAGGCAGGUGAGGGCGGGGGAGGCGGGGCGGAGGCGGAGGGGCUGCUGGUGCACGUGGUGGCGGACCACUACAGCCGGCGCGACAACCAGCAGCGGCACGAGCGCGAGGCGAGUCCCAUCAUCCACCUGAAGAAGCUCAACAACUGGAUCAAGUCCGUGCUCAUCCGCCUCCACACCCACCCCAACUGUGGCGCGCACGUGCUGGACCUGGCGUGCGGCAAGGGCGGCGACCUGACCAAGUGGGCGCGCGUCAACGUGGGCUUCUACCUGGGCGUGGACGUGGCGGAGGGCUCCGUGUACGACGCCAUGGCGCGCUACAAUGGCGACUCGCACCGCUCCUUCGCCGGGGGAGACGGGGCGGAUGGCGACCGGCGGCAGAUGCGGUUCCCGGCGAAGCUGGCAUGUGCGGACUGCUUCGGCGUGGCGCUGGGCCGGGAGUUGCUGCCGUGGGCGCCGUUUUACAUCUGCUCCACGCAAUUCGCACUGCACUACUCCUUCGAGACCAAGCAGCGGGCUGCGCAACAUCGCGGCGCUGCUGCGGCCGGGCGGCAUGUUCAUCGGCACCAUCCCUGA